GGUCUUUCAGGGGUGGCCUGUCAGUUUACCGGAUGACCGCGCGAGCGCGCUGCCGCGCAAGACCAACCCUCCAUUCGCGCUGCAUCCGGCGAACGUGACUGGUCGUCGCGUUUCAUCCUCCACCGCCGCGGAACGUUCGGUUUUUCGUCUCUGCUGCUCCGCCUAUCCCCAUCUCUCUUUUCCAUUUUUACACUUCAAUUCAUCUAAAUCGAGUCUUUUGAGCCGGGUUCCACGAACGUGGCCGUAACAGACGACGUGGAAAGUCACCACCUAUCGACCGCCGUCACUGACCGCUGGUCCCCGUCUUUCGCUUUUUUUUUUUCCUUUCCUAACACCACCUUCUUCUUUCGCUUAUUCACCAUUUCCAUUCGAAAUUUCCCUUUCGUCCGGCUGUCGCGCGGUAAUCCGUCACCAUUUCACACGGUUCCCCCUUCGAUCUGCUUGGAAGCUGGUGGUAAAAGGAACGUCCGAUGCGAUCAGGGUAAACGAGAAGAAGAGGAAGAGAGAAAUAGAGAGGAUUUCUUUUCUCUCCCGCGGAGAAAGUGUACAGUGUAUUCUUAGUGGAUGCUAUCACGAGGAUCGGUAGCUAGUUCGUGAUGGGGGUGGCAACCAGUUUAUCAGACGUUUUCGCUACGAGAAGUCCGCCGGGAAGAUAAUGCAGAUAAAUGCCUCCGGAGGGAAGAGAGAACAGUAACAAAGGAUUACAUGUUGUCAGGUUCAGCGGGUGGACGUCAUCGGUCGUUUGGUGGAUCGCGUCCGGUCAAUGGGAGACAACAACCACCGUCGAGAGCCGAAGCGAGAACGAUGAAUGUCACGAGAUAGUAGAUCGAUGAAACGUUGUUUGUUACGCUUUUCAAAGUUUAAGCAACCUUCGUUGUUGUUCCGUUCGACGCGUUGUAUUUCGAUAUUUCCGUUUUGUUGGUAACGCGUUUGUCCGCGGCGUUCUUUCCUUUUUAAGGAUCGCCGGUAAACUGGAAUUGAACAAAGUCUCGUCGAGGAGUCGUUUCCGUCGGUUGCAGCCGAGAGACAAGUUUGCAGAUAGAAUGGAAAGGAAGUUGCGAUCGGACGAGUUCGAACCGACGAAGAAACGCGAGCGUAUGAAAUACGUGGACGGUGCUGGUCGAACGAUAUUCCUCGGGAAACGAUAAGCCAAUUGAAAGGAGAAAAGAAGAAACCCUGGCGAAAGGAUAACGAGAUGAAGAAUAAAAGAUGUUGCAGACGCGACGACGUGGACGCGGUUGAAACCCUAACAUCGAUCGAUUAGAAUGAAAUCGUGCGAGUACGCGUCAAUCGCACGUGCACGUUGGAAAAAUCGAGCCAAGGGAAACGGUUACUGUUGUUGUUGCUGCUGUUGUUAUUGUUGUUGUUAACGAGAGGAGGGAAGUGACAGGAACCCGUACAGCCGAUUCGACGCAGUCAAUUAAAGCUCGACUCUAUUAAAUUUAAGCAUCGACAAGCGGAACGCGUUCGAUCGCACCACUCGCACAAUGAGAUAAUAGGAGAACCGGUGGCAAGAUUACCGCGAGCGAGUAGUAAUCGAAAGGGUGCCCGGCCGGUAUAAUAAAGCCAAUUAAAAGUGUCAAUCGAUAAUCGAUAGAUCGUCGCCGCUUUCACGAUAGUGGUUCGGAAAGUAAAAGAAAGAGGAAGAGGAUGGCUACGAAUCCAAGAAGACGUCGACAGCGAUGCUGGCGUGGUCUGUUCGCGACCGCAUACCUCUGCGCUUUCCUCCUCUGGCUGAACGGAAUUUUCAGCUGCGCCGCUCAAAAACCGAUCAAUCUAGGCGGCGUGAAGAGGCGAGACGUUUACAUCGCCGGAUUCUUCCCGUACGGUAGCCACGUGCCCGAGAGCCACAUAGGUCGAGGCGUAAUGCCCUCGGUGAAGCUCGCCGUCGAUCACAUCAACGAGGACACCACCGUACUGAGAAACUAUCGGCUGCACAUGUGGUGGAACGAUACAGAGUGCAACACCGCGGUCGGAGUGAAGGCGUUUUUCGACAUGAUGCAUAGCGGACCGCACAAAGUGAUGCUGUUCGGAGCAGCCUGCACCCACGUCACCGAUCCCAUCGCUAAAGCGUCCAAACACUGGCGUCUAACGCAGCUUAGCUACGCCGACACGCACCCAAUGUUCACGAGCAACAGCUUCCCGAAUUUCUUUAGGGUGGUACCCUCCGAGAACGCUUUCAACGCUCCCCGUGUAGCCCUUUUGAUACACUUCAAUUGGACCAGAGUCGGUACAAUUUAUCAAAAUGAACCGAGAUACGCCCUGGCGCACAAUCGGCUGGUCGCCGAUCUGGACGACAACAAAAUGGAAGUGGUGGAGACGCAAAGUUUCGCCACCGAGGUGAGCUCCGCCCUCGAGAAGCUGAAGGAAAAGGACGUUAGGAUAAUUCUAGGCAAUUUUAACGAAGUCUGGGCUAGACGAAUAUUCUGCGAGGCCUACAAGUUCGGUAUGUUCGGGAGAAAGUAUCAAUGGGUUAUCAUGGGAACGUACGGGGAGAAAUGGUGGCUUCGAUCCGGAGGCGGCUGCGAUCCCUCCGAGCUCUCGGAAGCUCUGCACGGUGCCAUUUUGACGGACCUUCUGCCCUUGUCCACGGAAGAACGGUACACUGUAUCUGGAAUCACGCCGGAUCAAUAUCGAGUCGAAUACGAUUCGAGACGAGGCAGCGAUUACUCGAGGUUUCACGGAUACACAUACGACGGCAUAUGGGCGGUCGCGUUGGCCAUACAACACGUGGCACGUAGAAUAAGGCACUACCGUCCCAAUCAGACUAUAUCGGAUUUCAGAUACAGAGAUGCGCUCUGGGAGAAGCUGUUCCUCGAGGCGCUGAGAAACACCAGUUUCGAGGGUGUGACGGGGCCUGUACGUUUCUACGAUAACGAAAGGAAAGCUUACAUUCUGUUGAAGCAGUUUCAAAGUAGCAGCGAAAUUAAGGUAGGAGAAUUCGACGGGGUGACCGGUGUUUUGGAUCUAACCAGAGGCGAUCCUCUCGUUUGGAGAGGCAGAUCACCGCCAAAAGAUCGAACUCUUCACAUCAUCGAGCACUCGACUGUAAAUAUUACCAUCUACGCUGUGCUCGCGUCGGCGGCAAGCGUGGGUAUCGUCAUGGCGGCCAUUUUUCUCGCCAUCAAUAUUAAAUAUAGAAAUCAAAGAUACAUAAAAAUGUCAUCGCCGCAUUUAAACAACCUCAUUAUCGUCGGAUGCAUGCUGACCUACAGCAGUGUAAUUUUCCUUGGGUUAGAUUCGCAGCUGUCCAGCGUAACGGCAUUUCCCUACAUAUGCACCGCCAGAGCAUGGCUACUGAUGGCUGGUUUCUCGUUGGCCUUUGGUUCCAUGUUCUCGAAAACGUGGCGGGUACAUUCCAUCUUCACCGACGUUAAGCUCAACAAGAAGGUCAUCAAAGAUUAUCAGUUGUUCAUGGUGGUCGGUGUAUUGUUGUUUAUCGAUCUAGGAAUUAUGACCACGUGGCAAGUCGCCGAUCCGUUCUAUAGAGAAACGAAACAAAUGGAACCCUAUCCUCAUCCUUCCAGCGAAGAUAUCAUCAUAAUACCGGAGAACGAGUACUGUCAGAGUAAUCGAAUGACCGUAUAUUUAGGGUGUAUAUACGCGUACAAAGGUCUGUUAAUGAUAUUCGGCGCCUUUUUAGCAUGGGAAACGAGACACGUCAGUAUCCCGGCGUUAAACGACAGCAAGUACGUUGGAAUGAGCGUUUACAACGUGGUGAUCAUGUGCGUAACCGGAGCAGCCAUAAGCUUCGUGCUGGCCGACAAACAAGACGCAAUGUUCAUUAUGUUGGCGGUGUUCAUAAUAUUCUGCAGCACGGCCACCCUGUGCCUGGUAUUCGUACCGAAGCUCAUAGAACUACGAAGAAAUCCUCAAGGCGCGAUAGACAAACGUAUCAGAGCCACUCUGCGACCAAUGUCGAAGACGCGACGGGACUCGAGCGUCAGCGAGCUGGAGGAACGUUUGAAAGAAGCUACGAUGGCGAAUCAAAAGUUUCGUUCGCAACUUAUGGAAAAAGAUUCGGAACUUCAGGCGUUUCUAAGAAGACUCGACGAUCAAACGACGACUAACACGGAGGAGGCGAUGGACAGGCUGACGGUCCCCCGGCAAGAGGGUACGACGAUUAAGAGAGAGGGUCUGUCCGUGACCACGGAAACAACGGAUAUCUCAAUGUCGAUGUGCAGUCUCAAUUCAACUACUAUCUCUCAACCGGAAGGCGACUACGCGAACACAACCACAACAGCGACCACGACCGUGACCACGGCCACGGCCACGACAACCAGCGAGCCGCACGUCGCCAAAAAGAAGACGUCCUUCUCGAAGGUGCCGGCGAUCGCGAUCGACAGCGAACGAGUCCCAUUGGUCCCGCAGACGGACGGAGGAAAGGAGGAGAACUUAUCGGUACCGCAGCCGGUUCUCAAGCACGCGACGGACGAUUCGGGUCGAAGAAGAAGCCGUUCCGGCGCUUCCGGAAAGGAGAGCGAACCUCUUAUCGAGAGAAGCCCAGACUCGCGACCAGACGGCAAAACGAACGUCGAGUUCGUCCCGGAGAUCGUCGAGGAGGGCGACGCUGUUGUCCUCGAAGAGACGGAAAUCCCACGCCACGGUAAACCGAUCAGAUGCAAAGACGAUCGUAGGUCCAGACUUCCGACACCACCGCCAGCGAAGAACGUCUCGUUCGGCGAACUUCACGAGCAAAACUACCUCGAGCAAGCGAUUUUACCGCCCCCGUUGCAAUUCGUGCCCAAGCAUCGGCAUGCCGUUACAGCGAACGCCUCCUCUCAUCAAUCGCUGAAAAGAAGAUCAUCCGUGAAGAACAACGGAAUGGCUCACUCUCAUCACGAGCUGUUCCAAAGUCGAAGAACCAGCGUGCCGGUCAAUUCCAUCAGUUACAUUUCCACGGAGAACGUGUCCAAGUCCGAGGCGACGGAGAUCUCUCUCGGUUCCUUCGACAAGUCGUACGUGAUCGGUGGUUGCGGUCACAGACUCGCGUUGUUGACCGGUGCCGGUUAUCGGUGCGAGAAACACGGUGGACGAGGGCAUUCUCACGCCAUGUUCAACGGCUCGGCCGAGACGCCGCCACCCUCGAGGAGACAGAAGAAACACUACGAUUCUCAGAACGCCAGUUCUCCGAGCGUACCGGCGAUGGUGAACGCCAGUUGCUCCGACACCGAAAAGUACGAGGAAUCCAUGUCGACGAUCAUUCAGCGAUCAGUGUCGGAACGAUCGAGGGAAAAGUGUCUCCGUCUGCGAAGCGAGGGACACCCGGUGAUCGAGUGCCCUCAUCGCGCCGCACGUCGAAUACGGGAGUGCAGGCACACCGAAUCGAAGCUUCGGCAACAGGCCCGGUUAGAGUACGUGCAGAGCACCCCGAACGUGGCCACAAUUCACAAUAGCAAAUUCGCGAGCGCGAAUCCACGGGGCGGAGGCGGUGGCGUCGGUGGUGGCGGAAUUGGGGGUGGAAAAGCGAACGGCGGCGGUGUCGGGGGUUCCGUGGCAACCAGCUCGGACGUGGUCGGCGGUUCGACGGUGAACGUAUCCAAGAUGUACAGUGCCGUGUCGGACGGUGAAUUGCUGGAUCUAGCGAUCCUGCCGAUAUUUCAGAAACUGCUGACCGAGAGGCACAAGAGCACGUCGAGGGGCGGAUACGGUGCCAGCGUAGCCAGCUGUCCGAAUAUAUCGAUAAAAUGCGACAUCGUUGAAUAUCUUUAACGAUCUUCCGGCAAUUAGUUUUCAAUUUCACGCGAAUAAACGAACCGUUCUCUCUCUUUCUCUCUACCGGGCUCUAACCGUCUCUCGUGGAACGGAUUCAACCGUUUACAAUUACCUUUCCUUCUCCUUUUCCUUUUCCUUUUCCUUUUCCUUUUCCUAUUUUUCUUUGCUCCUCGUUUCUUUUAUCGAUUAUCCUGAUCGUAUAGCGAUACGCUCCUUCGUUUGUAAACCGCGAACAGUUUCCUCUUCCCCUUUCCCACCUAGACAUCGUAUACAAACGGAUUUCCACACGUACCAGGAAACUUUCCAACGAGAUCUCUUGGAAAUAAACAGAACAUUUUUUAUAUAAUCGAACUUUUAAUCUAACACGUGCUCGUACGUACGAAAAGAGAUACAUACGAGACUGAACGAGGAUGCCGGCCUCGUGAGAUACUCGAGAGUUUUCCUUUGCUCCCGAAACAUUCAACGUCUUGUCGUUGCUGAAACUACUAACGAACGUUAUUCUACUCGAAAACGAUUAUACGUUUCCGACGAAAUACCGUUUUUACUUUUUCUUUCAAACUUUCGCCAUUUUCUUUUCUCUCGUUCCUCGCUCGAUCGUGAAUGAAACAACAAUUGACUUCUGUUUUUUGUUUUUUUAUAUAAUAAAUAAUGGAAACGAGAAGAGAAACGUUGCAUCGAUCCCACAAAAGAAACUCGACGAAAAGAUAGUCUGUAUCGAAAGCAAACUUAGGAAGGUGUAUAGCGUACGCAUCUAAUGUAAUUCUCUGUCACUAUAAGCGUAAACAUCCUUUUAAAUAAUUUUAUAGCCUAUAAAAUAUUCGUACGAUCGCUGUUUAGCAAUUCGAAGCAUAGAUGCACAAUUCAAAGAUUGAAACGUUUUGUUUAUUUUUCUUUUGUUUUUCAUAUUCCCUGAUCAGUUAAAAAGGAUCGUAAUCGUUCUUCGAGACAGUUCGAAAAGUGAAGCGGAAAUAAAGGUGAUUUUUCAAACGAUUCCCUUCCUAUCGCCUAAAACUAUACUCGCUUUUUUCACCGUAAAUGGCCGGCUUCUCUUUGUUAACCGUGUAAGUAAGUAUCUGUUUCGAUCUGAUCGUGAUGGAUCUGCGAUGAAAAUUUUCAAUGUGAAUUGCAUGUCUAGCGAAGAGAAUCGAUAAAAAAUAUUGCAAUCCAUUUCGUUUCGUGUGUGCAUUUUCAUUUUCUAACGACGAUCGAGAAGCCUACGAUUAAUACUACGAGGUCGAAAAGGCGUCCGGAUGUUUAGAAAAAGCGUACUACUAUCUGAGAGCCUAAUGCUCGUUACAGGAUCUUUAAUUGUGUGGUUACGCGAGUCUUGUACAUACAUAACUCUCGAAAUAAAUGUCAUGUUUACAGGUAAAAAAAAAAAUAGGCGUUUGUCGUGUAAAAAAAAAAAAAAAAAAAAAUAUGAAUUUACCCGUUGUUUUCUCGUCAAACGAUCAGGACGGAUCGUUCACGGCAUCGCACUGGUAUUCCCUUCGUUUUGUAUUUCCGAAGCAAUACUUGUCUUUGUAUCCGUGUAUCGUACACGUAUGCGUGUUAUUAAUAGUUAGUCGUUCGCGAGCCUCGUGAAGCACGAAAAAAAAAAAGAAAUUUCACACGAACCUUGACAAAUUUCUAUAAUUUAUAACAACUAAGGGUCGAUACUAACAGGUCAAUUAUAUUAAAUUUUAUCAAUAAAGUUGGUUCAUUCGUUUUACCAUUUCUAACUCUUUACCAUUUUAAACGUAAAGAUCUCACUGCUCGUAACGUCGUUACAAUUGUGAACAUUUCUCGGAAACGAUUACACGCGCUCGCCGGUUGCUUUAAACGGCAGGCCUGAGAUUACCUAUCCAUUGAAAUUAUGUUCGCCAAUGUAAUUGUAUAGCCAGUCGCAAAAUUACAAAUGGAUUCAUUUGAAUUAACGAAAAGGGGGUCAGAAACGUACGUACACGCUAUCGUAAAGGGUACAAAGAGGUACAGUUGCAUUUUCCAAACAAUUACAAAACCAUUGUAAUUGUAAGAUUUGAUGUUCGUUCUACGUUCGACGCAGUACAACACGAUUUCCUGUUAAUGUAAAGUUAAUAGAGUUUAAUAAAUUAACGAUUUGAUACUAA